AUGGAUCUUCCGCACGAGGUGGUGUAUCAUCACCACCUCCCAGUCGAGACCGAAGAGGACAUGCGAAUGAUGGAGGAUCAGGUAGAAGAACACAUGGAUGAUAUUGAAUAUGGGGGCGACGUUGGUAUGGAAGGCAGUUUGAGUGAACCACGAGCCGUGCAUCAGUGCAAUAUCUGUAACAAGAUUUUCGUUUCAUUCAAAGGUUUACAACAACAUGCGGUUAUUCACACUGAUCAGAAGCCAUAUCAGUGUGAUAUCUGUGGAAAGUCCUUUAGAUUCAAAUCGAAUCUUUUUGAACAUCGAUCAGUACAUACGGGAUUCACUCCACAUUCUUGUCCAUAUUGCGGGAAAACUUGCAGAUUGAAGGGUAAUCUCAAGAAGCAUUUAAAAACUCAUGUCACUUCGAAGGAUGAACUGGAAAGAGCAUGGAGACCAUUUGCUUGUAAUCGACGCCCAGCAGCCGACAUACCUGACGAUGCAAUCAUUGUUCGUGGUACAGGUGAUCCAUUCUUCACACCUCCCUCCCGUCCUCGUAAACGGAAGUUGGGGUUGGGUCCAGAUCCUUCCGCGUGGAUAGACAAAAUUCGACGCGGGGAAAUCUUGCCAGGCACUAGUAUUCAAACGAAGAUGAUGAGGUUAGAGACGGUGCUCAAAAAUACCGAGUUUUCUUUGGAAGAGAUUUUUGAGCAGGCACGAACGAUUGCUUUUGAGAAAUUCGACUGUCCUAUGUGUAGGUCGCAGUUCUUCUCAAGAGCAGAAUGCUACGAUCAUUUGGAAAUUGAACAUCCAAUGGCACGAAUAGAAAGGCCAUUGUUCUGUGAGAUUUGCCUGAAAGUUUUUGCUGACCGAAAAUCGUUGGAACAACAUGAAAGUUACCAUAAGCGAGUACAUCUCAUGAUAGAUAACAACGAAAUCGAGUUCACCGAUCCAGAAAUCUUAUUGCCAGAAUCAUGUGACUUUGAUGAGGAAGAUUUACAAGGAGUCCCAGUGAUACAUUAG